CAGAGGGAUGUCGGCCCAGGAGGUGCAAUCUUCACAGAGUUCUGCCAGGCUGUGCAGGACAGCCACCUACAAGCUCUGCUUAUCACUCCUAACUUCCUGCAGGAAGAUUUGUGCACGUAUAUGAUGCACCAGACUCUAGCAGAAGGCCCUAUGUCCAAUCGACUGAUCCCCUUGGUCUAUAACUUGUCCCACUCCCAGUACCCCCAGGAACUGAAGUUCUAUGUUUACAUUAACCUGAGCAAUAACACUUGCCGAGGCUAUACUCGCAUCAACCAGACUGUGCUCGAUUACCUUGAAGGCUUGGUUAAAAAAGAGGAGACAAAUGAUCGCAACAUGGACAGCUCUAGCAGCAAAUUACGUGGGACAGAUGAGCUGCUGCCAAAGACAGACCAGGCUGAGACUUCACUUUCUCUGGAAUUGAUGCCAAGGAGAGAUGAAAGGUUGAAUGACAUUUGCUGUGAUCAUCAUCAACAGUAACUGGAGAACAUGAUGAAGGGCAACGGGCUCUGAAUGGAAAACCGUUCUGCUAUUGACUGUACUCAACUUUAGUGGUGCUUAUAUCAUGUUAUGUUGUGAUUACAAGGAAAGGUAAGCUACUUGAUCAAC